AUGGCCCCAGAAGUGAUCCGGUGCGAGCCUUACGACCACAGAUGUGAUAUCUACAGUUUCGGGAUCAUACUUAACGAGCUCAUAACCGGCGAAUAUCCAUACAUUGAGACAGACUUUGGUCCGUCCAGGAUUGCCUUGCAAGUUGGAGAGGGAAAUUUAAGGCCGAAAAUUCCUGAACAUGAAGACCAAUUCGAAGAGCUCAUUCAGCUCAUAAAACUUUCCUGGGCUGAAGAUGCUGCAAUGAGACCAUCUUUUGCGACGAUUACUUGCAACCUGAGAAAGAUUCAAAAGAGAUUUAAGCAGAAUAUUUAG